AAUGUAGGACACUGGGCUUCUGCGGCCAGAUUGGGGGACGUGGUGAAUCGGAACCAGUCCAGGGCUGGCCGGGACCAGGCCCGAGGCUGAGUGGCGGCGACGGCGGAGGCCGGGAGGGGGGAGGAGAGACACAGCCGGAGGAGCCUCGGCAGCAGCUCCCCCGCCUCCCGGGCUGAGGGACUUUUAGGAAAGAAAGAUGGAUCAACCUAGUGGGAGAAGUUUUAUGCAAGUAUUAUGUGAAAAAUACAGUCCUGAGAACUUUCCUUACCGCCGUGGUCCUGGGAUGGGAGUCCAUGUCCCAGCCACACCUCAGGGCUCCCCCAUGAAAGAUCGCCUCAACCUCCCAAGUGUACUGGUGUUGAACAGCUGUGGAAUAACGUGUGCAGGAGAUGAAAAAGAAAUCGCUGCCUUCUGUGCUCAUGUAUCAGAGCUAGACCUUUCUGACAACAAACUUGAAGACUGGCUUGAGGUCAGUAAAAUUGUGUCAAAUGUUCCCCAGUUGGAGUUUCUAAACCUGAGUUCCAACCCUCUGAAUUUGUCGGUUUUAGAAAGAACAUAUGCUGGGUCCUUCUCUGGGGUUCGCAAACUUGUGCUCAACAACAGCAAAGCUUCUUGGGAGACGGUCCACAUGAUACUUCAGGAGUUACCAGAUUUGGAGGAGCUUUUCCUGUGCCUUAAUGACUAUGAAACAGUGUCUUGUCCUUCUAUUUGCUGUCACUCUCUUAAGCUACUGCAUAUAACAGACAAUAACCUCCAAGACUGGACUGAAAUACGGAAGUUAGGAGUUAUGUUUCCUUCCCUGGAUACCCUUGUCCUGGCCAACAAUCAUUUGAAUGCCAUUGAGGAGCCUGAUGAUUCACUGGCAAGGUUAUUCCCUAAUCUCCGCUCCAUCAGCCUUCAUAAGUCAGGUUUGCAUUCUUGGGAAGACAUUGACAAACUAAAUUCAUUCCCCAAACUCGAAGAAGUGAGAUUAUUAGGAAUUCCUCUUCUGCAGCCAUAUACCACUGAGGAGCGAAGGAAGCUGGUGGUGGCCAGGUUGCCAUCAGUUUCCAAACUUAACGGCAGCGUUGUUACGGAUGGUGAACGAGAAGAUUCUGAGAGAUUUUUUAUUCGUUACCACAUCGAUGUUCCACAGGAAGAAGUGCCAUUCAGGUAUCAUGAACUGAUCACAAAAUAUGGGAAGCUGGAGCCUUUGGCAGAAGUGGACCUAAGACCCCAAAGCAGUGCAAAAGUAGAAGUUCAUUUUAAUGAUCAGGUGGAAGAAAUUAGCAUUCGUCUGGACCAAACAGUUGCAGAACUAAAGAAACAAUUAAAAACUCUAGUGCAAUUGCCCACAAGCAACAUGCUUCUCUACCAUUUUGACCACGAAGCUCCUUUUGGCCCAGAGGAAAUGAAGUACAGCUCUCGGGCAUUGCAUUCCUUUGGCAUUAGGGAUGGGGAUAAAAUUUAUGUGGAAUCCAAAACGAAAUAACCUCCUCUACCAGCCCUGUAGUAGAAACAUGCCGAAGGACUCCUUGCAGGGCAUUGUUUCCAGUAUGGUUUUCUUUAGGAGGAACAAGGUUGUUUUUGUUUGUUUGGUAUAGGUUUGGGGGGGUUUUGUAUAUUUUUUUCCCCUAUGUUGCGUAGGGGGUGUUUUUGGUAUUUUCUAGUACAAACUUCUUGGCUGAAGCAGCAGAAUCGGCCAGCUCUCCAGUCCAUGUGCCCUCCCUAAAGGAAACAACUAAGUUCACCGACUUCUUACUGUGUUACCGGGAUUUG